AUGGAGGGGCACGACACCAAGAAAAGGGGCCAGUCACCACUCACCUUUCAGGGACCAUUUUUCUUCUCCUUUACCUUCAUCCUCCACUACCCCCAUUCGGAUCUCACUCACCCAACAUUCCCUUCUUCUUCACCCAGCCCUGCGACUCAUUCACUUCAUCUCUUCCCUUCAUUUCACUCUACGCCCCUCCCUCACCAUCAUCGUGCCACACUACCUCUCACUGGCUUCAACCACCACUUCGUCGCAAGCCACUCUUCUCCUUGCAACACCACCAUCCAACUUCCUUCUCCUCUUCUCACCUUCAUUCCCAAAAUCCCUUCGCCUUCCUCGUCGGCCACAACCCUAGAUCCGCGCGACGCAACCCCCAUUCCACUCUCCCUCACCGACCACCAAGCUUUCCCAUUUCACCCUAAUUUGGUCGCUCCUCCCUGA